CGUUCUACAGAAUAAUGAUCAUUGGUGGUUGCGGUUGGCAUCCGGAAGAAAGUGGAUAACGUGAUCCAUGGGGCUGCUGUUGGGGGGGUAUUAAAACCCCCUUCCGCUAAUUAAGGAAUAAUUAUGGAAUAUUGCUGAUAUAUUGUAGCUGCUCUUUGGAAGCGCCAUUUGAUCAUCAUGGCAACAGCAUUCAACAAUGAUGGAGCUGAGGUGAUUCAGCGGACUCUGAUUCCUACAGAAGUAGGGGGUCGUCCCCCAGUUUUGGGGAUAGAGGAAUUUUACGAACUGGAGAGAGCAGCUGCUUUUGUAUCUGACAAUGGCUUCACCAAGAUUGCUCUUCAGUUUCCUGAUACACUUUUGCCAGAUUCAGCAGAUGUUGCUACAAGGAUGGAAACAGCAACUGGUGCCAAGAUGUAUGUCCUGGGAGACACAUCAUAUGGCAGCUGUUGUGUAGAUGAAGUGGCAGCAGAGCAUGUGGGUGCAGAGGCUAUAGUGCACUAUGGCCCUGCCUGCUUGAGUCCUUGCCGCAAAUUGCCAGUAUUACACAUAUUUGGCCAGGAACAGUUGGAUGUGAUGCGAUGUAUGGAAGUCUUCCAGGAGUUGUACCCUGAUCGUCAAGCCUAUGUGGUUGUACUGAGUGAAUCUGCAUAUUUUCAUGCCAUUGAUGACCUGGCCUCUAAGCUGCAACCAAUUUAUCCCAAUGUGGUUUUUGCUCAGUUGGAUAGCAAAACAAAUCUUGAUUCAAGCCAUCCAAUUUCUGGAAUGAUACAGCAGUUUGGACGGCGCUUUAUAAUAGAUGAAGAUCAUGGUCUUGAAAAUUACAGUAUGUUCUAUAUAGGUUCUGAAGGACCAGAACUUACAAACUUCAUGCUGAGUUGGAACCAGUGUCCCUUUAGUUCUUUUGAUCCUAGGACAGGACAAGGCCGAUGCGAAACACUGGAUGUGAAUCGGGCUCUGCGACGACGCCUUUAUUUAGUGGAACGGGCGCGAGAUGCUCAAGUAGUGGGUAUUGUAGUGGGUACUCUUGGAGUAGAAGAUUACUUAUCUGUUCUGGAUCAUCUUCGCCAAAUCAUUCACCGUGCUGGAAAACGUGCCUAUACGCUGGCUGUAGGCAAACCUAAUCCUGCAAAACUGGCAAACUUUCUAGAGGUGGAUAUCUUUGUUUUGGUAGCUUGCCCACAGAAUUCCUUGCUUAACUCCACUGAUUUCUAUCGACCCCUCAUCACGCCCUAUGAGCUGGAAAUAGCAUGCAAUCCAGCACGGACUUGGACCGGCCGCUAUGUUACAGAUUUUCGCCACCUUCUACCAGGUGCUUGUGACCAUGUCCUUUUCCCAGAAAAGACCAACAUUGAACCUAGCAUUUCACUGAUCACUGGACAGCUGCGCUCAGUUGAUCCAUUCCUGAUGCCAGAUACAGAGCCGAAUUCUGGCACAGCUGUGAUGUGCCGCAAUCAUUUACAGACCGUGUGUCAGAUUAGCCCAGCAGCUUCAUUCUUGGAGUCCCGCAGCUGGCGGGGAUUGGAGCAACAGCUGGGCCAAACAGAAGUAAAAAAAGCUAUUGUGGGACGACGGGGAAUUGCCAUUGCCUAUGAAGAUGAGCCUUGUGGAUGACCAAUCCUGAAUAUAAAAGACAUUGGCCAGAUAA